AGCUCUAGCAUUCCAAGAUCUAUGGUCUUCCAGCUAAUAAGCCUCUGAGGCAAUGGCUAUCUGCAUCUGAGGCUUCUGCUGCUGCCAGACUAUAAAACCCUAGGAGUGGCCCCAGACUGCCAACCACAGCCCCGGCCCAGGCCCCUGCACUCAGGACAAAAGUUGCUCCCCAGGAACCAUGUCCCAGCCUGCAAAGGCCCCUACAGCCCCAACCACUGCUGCCAGUCCAGCCACGGAGGGAAAGGAAAAAGGGACACCUGCCUCAGUGCCCCCUCCUGGACCCACCCCGGCUCUGGUUCCUGCCUCCAUUCCCGUCCCCAGCUCCAAGGUUGGGGAACUGCCCAUGGGAGGCUUCAAGCUGGUGGUCUUCGAUCAGGAAAACUUCCAAGGCCGCCGUGUGGAAUUCUCAGGGGAAUGCAUGAAUCUGGGAGACCGAGGAUUUGAUCGAGUUCGAAGCAUCAUUGUUAUCUCAGGACCAUGGGUGGCCUUUGAGCAGUCCAACUUCCGGGGAGAGAUGUUCAUCUUGGAGAAGGGCGAGUAUCCCCGAUGGGACACCUGGUCCUGCAGCUACCGUAGUGAUUGCCUCAUGUCCUUCCGGCCCAUCAAGAUGGAUUCUCUAGACCACAAGAUCUGCCUGUUCGAAUGUACUAACUUCAAGGGGAACAAGAUGGAGAUUCAUGAGGACGAUGUGCCCAGUCUCUGGGCCUAUGGCUUCUGCGACCGCGUGGGCAGCGUGAGGGUGCCCAGUGGCACAUGGGUUGGCUACCAGUACCCUGGCUACCGAGGCUACCAAUAUCUGUUUGAGCCAGGCGAGUUCAAGCACUGGAAUGAGUGGUCUGCCUACCAGCCCCAGAUCCAGUCCGUCCGUAGAAUUAGGGACAUGCAGUGGCACCAGAAGGGAUGCUUCCCCAUCCCCACCAGUCUGCCUAAGUGAGAACAUGGCCCCAGUGUUGGGAAACUGAUCAAAGCCUGAGAGGCUCACACCAAGUAGAGAGUCAUUUGUGUGCCUCAGGGCGAUGGGCUGCCCAGGUCCCAGCUUUUUCACCCCCUCCCCUCCACUGUGCCUAAACACACUCUUGACAAUUUGAAUA